AGAAACCAACAAGACUUGUGUUUCUUCUCUUCGUUCCUUUUCCCUCUUUAGGCAAAUGCAGUGUUAGUAGCAAGCCCGCACAGCAAUCAAAGAAUCUUCACUGAAAGCAAAACGGAGCGAAUCAGAGAUCCAAAGCAAUCUGUUCGUCAAUUCUCCGAUUUCUCUUCACUUCAGCUCUCCGGCGAGGCAUGGCCAACGACGGUUCCUGCUCCACGCAACUCAUCGACGGCGACGGCGAGUUCAACGUCGCCGGCCUCGACAACUUCAUCAAGACUGUCAACCUCGCCUCCUGCGGCCUCUCCUACGCCGUCGUCGCCAUCAUGGGACCGCAGAGUAGCGGGAAGAGCACGUUAAUGAAUCAUCUUUUCCACACAAGUUUCAGGGAGAUGGAUGCUUUCAGGGGGAGAUCUCAAACGACCAAGGGCAUUUGGAUUGCCAAAUGUGUUGGGAUUGAGCCAGCCACAAUUGCUAUGGAUUUGGAGGGUACUGAUGGAAGGGAGAGGGGCGAGGAUGACACUGCUUUCGAGAAACAGAGUGCUCUUUUUGCUUUGGCUGUAUCAGAUAUUGUUCUGAUAAACAUGUGGUGUCAUGACAUUGGUCGAGAACAAGCAGCCAAUAAACCUCUUUUGAAAACAGUUUUUCAGGUCAUGAUGCGGUUAUUCAGUCCCCGGAAAACGACAUUGCUUUUUGUUAUUCGUGAUAAAACAAAGACCCCACUUGAACAUUUGGAGCCUAUUUUAAGAGAAGAUAUUCAGAAGAUUUGGGAUAGUGUUAGAAAACCCCAAGCCCAUCAACAUACUCCUCUAAGUGAAUUUUUCAAUGUGGAAGUUACUGCUUUGUCAAGUUAUGAGGACAAGGAGGAUAAGUUCAACGAGGAGGUUGCUCUAUUACGGCAACGUUUCUUUCAUUCUAUAGCACCUGGAGGUUUGGCUGGUGAUCGGCGUGGUGUUGUGCCUGCUUCUGCAUUUUCUAUUAGUGCGCAGCAAAUAUGGAAAGUCAUACGAGAAAACAAGGAUCUUGAUCUUCCAGCUCACAAGGUAAUGGUUGCCACUGUGCGUUGUGAAGAAAUUGCUAAUGAAAAACUUAACCAACUACAGUCUGACAAGGGUUGGCUGGAAUUGGAAGAAGCUGUUCAAUUAGGUCCAGUACGAGGUUUUGGGGAAAAGCUGAGCUCCAUUAUUGAUGCCAGCCUUUCACAAUAUGAUGAAGAGGCAAUUUUCUUUGAAGAAUCUGUGAGAAAUGCAAAACGAAAGCAAUUGGAAUCGAAGGCUUUGGAUCUUGUGUACCCUGCUUAUACAACAUUGCUAGAGCAUAUACACUCUAAAGCUCUAGAUGAUUUUAAGACUAAACUGGAACAAUCACUAAACAAUGGAGAGGGGUUUGCUUCAUCUGUUCGCACUUGGACUCAAACUAUUAUGGAUGAAUUUGACAAAGGAUCUGCUGAUGCUGCUGUAAGACAUGCUAAUUGGGGUGCUUCAAAAGUGCGAGACAAACUUCGUCAUGAUAUUGAUUCACAUGCUUCAUCUGUGCGUGCUGCAAAAUUGUCCGAGAUAACAACUAAUCUUGAGAAAAAAUUGACCAAGGCAUUGACCAAGCCAGUGGAGUCUCUCUUUGAAUCAGGUGGAAAGGACACGUGGCUUUCAAUAAGAGCACUGCUUAAACGUGAGACUGAAUCCGCUGUAUCUGAAUUUUCUGCUUCCGUUGCUGGUUUUGAGUUGGAUGAAGAAACAGUUGAAAGAAUGGAACGAAGUUUAAGGGACUAUGCGAGAAAAGUGGUGGAAAAUAAAGCAAGAGAAGAAGCUGGAAAGAUUUUGAUACGCAUGAAAGAUAGGUUCUCUACCGUAUUCAAUCAUGAUAAUGAUUCACUACCUAGAGUUUGGACUGGGAAGGAAGAUAUUAGAGCUAUUACGAGGGAUGCUCGUUCUGCGUCCCUGAAGCUUCUAUCAGAUAUGGCUGCUAUACGCCUGGAUGAGAAGCCAGAUCCCAUUGGAAGCAUACUUCAUUCAUCUCUCAUAGAUAAAACUAGUGCUUCAACAUCUUCACAAUUAGUAACUCGGGAAGCUUCUGCAGAUACUUUGGCUUCAAGCACAUGGGAGGAGGUUUCCCCAGAGGAUGUGCUUAUCACUCCAAUGCAGUGCAAAGCUUUGUGGAGACAAUUCCUGGGAGAAACUGAGUAUACAGUUACUCAAGCUAUUUCAGCUCAGGAGGCCUUCAAGCGGAGUAACAAUUGGUUACCUCCUCCGUGGGCGAUAAUGGCAAUGCUCAUACUUGGUUUUAAUGAGUUUAUGAUGCUACUGAAAAAUCCUCUCUACCUGUUGUUUAUAUUUGUUGCCUAUCUACUUGGAAAGGCCGUCUGGGUACAAAUGGAUAUAGCUGGGGAGUUUCGACAUGGCACUCUGCCUGGACUACUAUCCAUUUCAUCAAGGUUUCUUCCCACAGUAAUGAACCUUAUUAAGCGUCUUGCUGAAGAAGCUCAGGGGAAUCAAACCCCUGAAGAAUCUCAAGGGUCAGCUUCUCAGACACAGAUAUUCAGAAAUCAAGUACACAAACCUGAUUCAGUAUCAAGCUCAAUUUCCAAUAUAUCUAGCGUUGGCUCCUCAUCUAAUGAUGAUAAUGAAUACUCAACGGCAAAUUUGUCUCAGAGGAGAAGAACAAACGUUCCACAAGCUGAGUUUUCAUGACAAAGUUCAUGACAAUUUGAUUUGGAGACGAUUGGCAUCAGAAAAGAAAUGCACCAGUUAGGGUGACUUCCCAGAUCAGUUUUGUUUACUACCUAUUCUAUUUUACAUUUAUAUUUUACUCUUCACUGUAACGUGUAAAUUAUCUUAUUAUAUGAAGGACCCCUAUUUGGGUUCUGCAACUAUAGAACAUUAUCUUCAGUCCAGUAGCGACGGAAUAACAUAUAAACUAGUUUUCCUUUAAAUUUUACCAAUUUUAAAAUGUUUCUGAUAAUCUUAAUCAUAGCUUUAUC